GAAGGAAGAAAGGAAGAAAGAAAAUGAACAAAGGAAGUGGUUAGCAAAUGUGAUCAUGUGAUCAGGGAACUAAGAGAGUUUCAUCUGCUGAUGCUGCAGAACAGACUUGCUGCUUUCUUUUGCCUUCCUUUUAACUCCUUGUGAUCUUCAAGGCAAACCAGGUUAGUCCUGCCACCAUGAAACCUCUUGCUCGGCUUCUCUUCUUUCUCCUCCAGUUCCAGGAAGGCCCAACAGCUCUCAGGGGAGCACAAUCCGAGGGACAGGGAUGAGUGAUCCUAGCUGAAUGGAUGCCUGGAGUGAUUCCUGGAGAUCCCAGCAGGAAGGAGACUUUGAGCAUUGCCCACUUUAGCUCCAGCACAGCACCACUGCUCAUACAUGUUUAUGUCCAAUGUUCUUGGAAUCUAGUUUCACAAACCAGCUCAACCCCAUUGAUGGUGAAUGGGGUUCUGGGGGAGUCAGUAACUCUUCCCCUGGAGUUUCCUGCAGCAGAGAAGAUCAAGUCCAUUACUUGGCUUUACAAUGGAACAUCUAUUGCCUUCAUAGAACCCUCUAAAACCAAAAGUCCACAAAUCCACGUGACUAACCUGAAACGGGGAAAGCGACUGAACUUCACCCAGUCCUACUCCCUGCAACUCAGUAGCCUGGAGAUGGAAGACACAGGCUCUUACAGUGCCCAGGUGUCCUCAGAGACCACUGUAAAAGUGUCCAGUUACACUCUGAGGAUAUUCAAGCGGCUGUCAAGGCCUGAUGUUAGAGUGGAGUCUAUCAUCUCUGAGAAUGGGAUCUGUAAUGCCAUCUUGAGGUGUUCUGUGGAGGAAGGAGGAGAGACCAUCACGUAUGAGUGGACAUCAGUGGGACCAGGGGCUGCUGUGUCCCAUGUGGGGUCCAACCUCAAUGGCUCCUGGAGCCUUCAUGAUCUGGACUGGAGCUACAUUACUUGCACAGCUCUGAAUCCUGCUAGCAACAGCAACUCCACUCCUAUCCAUGCUGCGCAGCUUUGUGCAGGUUUCAAGGCAGCUGAAGGCACCUAUUGCCCAGUGAAUUGGAUUUUCCUGGGGAAGGGGCUUCUUCUCCUUGUGUUCCUUGGGGUCUUAGGAACUUGGUAUAUCAAGACACAGGUGCUCAGCAAACGCCUGAGGCCUAACUCAGGGUGAUAAGAGGCCACCAGUACCCCAAGGGAGCCAGGCUGUGCCCAGCUGAAGCCAUUACUUUUCUGUGGCUAAAUUUCAUUUAUUGACCUGUACUCUUUUCAAGGUGAAGUACUAUGGAUUGUCAAAGGCUAUUGGGAUAAAAAUUUUUUAUUUUGUCAUGUCCGUGCCCAUGUACAUGCUCAUUUUUUUUUUAAGAAAGAAGAAGUUUGGUCAAGAAGAGAUAAAAUAACUGCAUGAACACCAUAUGCUACCUAUUCUAAGCAUAUUUUUUCACCACAAUUUAAGGUUUCUGAAAUCAAGUCAUAAUAUAAAUGUAUACAGCUAAAAGGAAUAGGGCGUUUUUCUCCUGAAAUAUCAUUAUUUAAAUGAUCUGCUUUUAAAAA